AGAAAUCAUUACCUCUAAGAAAGUGGAAGAUUUCCACAAAAGAGGACAUCUGUCUAGAGGUGGGAAUGAUCCUAUUCCUCUAUCUAUUUAUUCCAAGUAAUUAAUUCAUCAUCAUCACCAACGAUUUUGCCAUCAUCUUCAGAAUCCUAGAUUGACAGUCGGGGGCUCUAAUUUAUUUGAAGGGAACUCACGAGGUAUGAUAAUGAUGACCUAUGGGGAGUAGAACAGUGAGGCUUGGUGCAGAAGAUAAGAAGAAAGCAUCCAACGGGAUGCCGAGCUUUGAUCCACAGUUAGCUGUUAACAAUUCACUUGGCACAGAGGGAAACACAAUUCAUUCGUUCCACAUUUCUGAUUUUGGGACAUUUGAGCAAUCUGUUGGAUUUCGCUUAGAGGAUGCAGUUCACUUAAGCACAAACACUGUCUUCAAUUCAACAAAAGUGGGUGGCCAUACGGUUUCUGAUCCCCCUAGUAUUGGCACUUUUGAUAAGACGCUAAAUCCAUUAGUCAUCAACCCAUCAGCUGGCCCGGUUGAGUCUCAGAGGUUACCAUUAGGAAAGGGUCAACAACCAAAUCUUGUCUCUAUAUCUAGUGGUAAUACAGAGAACUGGGGAGAGUCCAAUAUGGCUGAUGCCAGUCCGAGGACUGAUAUCUCAACAGAUGCUGACACAGAUGAUAAAAACCAGAGGUUUGAAAGAGGGAAAUCCAAUGCAAUUUUAGCUUCAGAUUCCAGUGACAGAUCAAAGGAUAAAUUUGAUCAGAAGAGUCUUCGCAGGCUUGCUCAAAAUCGUGAGGCUGCAAGAAAAAGCAGAUUGAGAAAGAAAGCAUAUGUCCAACAGCUUGAGAGUAGCCGUUUGAAGCUGACACAGUUGGAGCAGGAGCUCCAGCGUGCUCGACAACAGGGUAUCUUCAUAUCAAGUUCUGGAGAUCAAAGCCAUUCAAUGGGUGGAAAUGGGGCAAUGGCAUUUGAUGUAGAAUAUGCACGGUGGCAGGAAGAGCAAAACAGACAAGUUAAUGAGUUGAGAGCGGCAGUAAAUUCUCAUGCAAGUGAUGCAGAACUUCGUAUUAUUGUUGAUGGUAUAAUGGCUCACUAUGACGAAGUUUUUAGGCUGAAGAGUAAUGCAGCAAAGGCAGAUGUUUUCCAUUUAUUGUCGGGUAUGUGGAAAACACCUGCCGAGAGAUGCUUCUUGUGGCUUGGUGGUUUCCGUUCCUCUGAGCUUCUCAAGCUUCUUGCAAAUCAGUUGGAGCCUCUAACAGAGCAGCAGUUGGUGGGAAUUAGCAACUUGCAGCAAUCCUCCCAGCAGGCUGAAGAUGCAUUAUCUCAAGGGAUGGAGGCAUUGCAGCAGUCUUUGGCCGAGACGUUAGCCGGUGGAUCUUUAGGUUCCUCAGGAUCUGCUCGGAAGGAGGCAAAUUACAUGGGCCAGAUGGCCAUGGCUAUGGGAAAGCUAGGAACUCUUGAGGGGUUUAUUCGCCAGGCUGACAAUCUCCGGCAGCAAACACUGCAACAAAUGCACCGGAUAUUGACGACACGGCAGGCAGCUCGUGCACUGCUUGCAAUCAAUGACUAUUUCUCACGAUUACGUGCCCUUAGUUCCCUUUGGCUUGCUCGUCCUAGAGAAUAAGAAGCAACAACAGCCUGAGUUGUGAGGUGAAGGAUCGUCUUGUGUGUUUGCAGUGCUUAGUCUUGUAUUCUGUGUUAUGACACAGUCAUAGGAUUUUAGAAUUUGUAUUUAUUAAGAAACCAGUAUGUAUUUAUAUUUGUUAUAUUAUAUUUUGAUUGCUGCCAUCACCAUCAACAUCAGGAACUGCACUGUAAACCUGUUGCUGUUGUAACAGACAUUCUAAAUAUGAAUUUUUAACA